AUGGAGGUGGAGAAAAUCAGAAGAAGCUCCGUCAGGAGGCACAGACUUUCUAGCGCAGAUGACACGUACUACAAACCGACGGCGAAGAGUUCCAUAAGCAACGAAACCUGCAGUGAUGAAGGUGAAAUAGAAUUUGAAGGAUGGGUAGAGUUUAUAACGAAGAAUGAAAAGGAGGAUAAUGGUGAUGACGAUACUGUCUGCGAAGAGAAGGUUAGUAAGUCCAAUGGAAAAAGAAGAAGCACCGUGCAUAUAUCGAGUUCCCCUGGAGUAUAUGCACAUACGGGGAAAACAGAAAAGAGGGAAAAAUAUGUCAAAGGGGGAGAAACUACCAUAGCUAAUGCGAACGUCGUUGUUCAGAAUGGAGAAAAAUCGGAUUAUGAAUACAUCAAUACAAACUAUAUUAACAAAGAACCUGUGAUGACAUUAAAUAAUGGGGUGCUUUAUGCAAAUGGGAAUAAUGCUACUACAUACCCAUUGAUUAUCAACGCACAGGAAAGAACGAAUAACGCAAUGAAUGUGCUGAACCCCAAUUAUGUGGACCCAUCUCCGCCAGUUGUUUUGAAAAAUCAACAAAUAAUUCCCCAGCUGUACAUUAGGCAGCCACCGACCGUAGUUGUAACCAAUGAACCUCGUCCCCCCUUAGUGAUAAAUCCCCCACCAGCUAACAUUGUUUUUAAGAACAAGGCCCCCCAACCUAUAUAUGUAAAUAGUACAAGGCCAAAUAUCAUCAUUAAAAAUGAUCCCGCAGUUAUACAAAACCCAAUUGAUAUGGACUCUACCCCUAUUCAGUUAGAUGUCCCCAUGGAAAAUUCAUCUACAAUAAUGACAGAGUCAAUAAAAUAUCCCUGUACCAUUAAUCUUCAAAAUGAACCCAUCGGGAAUAAUCAAAGUUGCUUUUUUAAGACAAGUGUAAAUGCUACCCCUGCAGGGUUAAUGCCAACAAGCAAUGUGAUCCAACUAGAUAAUUCGCCAGUAGGGCCCAUUCCACAACAAUUUCUUCCAAAUGUGUAUAUGAUGAAUGAAAAUGGGCAGAUCCAAGGGGGGUUCCAAGCGCAACAGAGUCCAAUCUAUGCAAUAAAUUCCAUGGGCAACAUAAUACAACCACAACAAUCACCCCCUAGCCCUACGUACAAUUCGUAUGAACCAAAUGUUUUUCAGUGCGUACAGCCAAGUUACGCACAGGUGAUGGGAGCUCAGCCCGAGCAAUGUGGUGGCGGAGGAAUCUUACUGAACCACCCCCUGCAGAUGGCACAACAACAGCAGGUGCAGACAGUGUCGGCGCAACAUAUGCAGACAAGCCCCCAGCCACAAGUUCACCUAACAGGAGGAGUGCAAAAUUACCAAGCGCAUAGCAGUGCCCAACCAGCCAUGACAUACGAAAAAAUCUACGCGCAGCAAGUAUCUCAACCCACGUAUGGAAAUGCAGCACCUCAGUAUGUUCAACAAAAUUAUAUGCAAACAAAACCAAUGAUGCAGGAACAAGUAGUUCCCCAAGUUAUACCAAGAAGAUCAUCCUUUGUUCCUAAUAACAGCUUUGCACAAGGGGGACAGCCAGUUAUAAGAUAUACUAAUAAUUUAGGCCAACCUGUGAAUGCAAAUAAAUUUCCCUUACGGCAUCAGACAUCAUCGGCCUCCAGUGAAUUUCUACCUUCCUGUGGAUCCGUCGGUUGCGGAGCCUCAAAUAGUAAAACGGUGCAAUCACGUAAUGUGAAAAGUAACAGUUAUAUAAAUCCCCAAGCACAUAGGAUGAUGCAGCCACUUCCAAAAAAAGUUCAUAUAAUGAGUCGACCUAUGCAUGAUCAAAACUUCUUGGGGCAUAAAUGA